UAAAGCUAUGUCGUCUAAUGAAGUGAAUAACCCAGAUCUUCUUUCCAGCGAAAGUGAAACAAGUUUGUUUCACAAUAGUCUUAAUGAUCAACAAAGCCCCGCAAAAAAUCCUUCCAUGGAGAAAUCAAGUGAUGAAAUUCUUGAUCCUGACCCAAUUAGCGUGUUUGUUGAGCCUCAAAACCACGAAAACUCUAACUUGAACCCUAUUCACAACCCUAAACAAAACCCUAGUUUGGUUCAGUUGAAUGAAAGCGAUGGAAACCAAGGGAGAUUUUCUGGCAAGAAAAAGAAAAACUCUGAUGAGAAUUGCAUUGUGAUUUCAGAUGAUGAAAAAGGCAAAAAUGUGGGAGCAAAGAAACGUGAUGGAAGGACUCACAGCCUUCCACACAACAAGUAUGGGCCAUAUGUUUGCCCUAGAUGCAACGGAUCUGUGUUUGCAACAUCUCAAUUGUUUGCAGCUCAUGUGUCAUCAGCACAUUACAAGCAUGAGACGCUGAAGGAGAGGCAAAAGAGGCGGGCAGCAAAGUACAAGAAGAAGAAUCUUCAGGUUGUGCAAACAAGUGAAGGUUUAACCGUUUUGACAUUUGAUGGUGGUGAAGAUUCUCUUUCUUCUUCUUCUAAGACUCAGAAGGGUCGAGGGAAGAAAGCGAAAAAGGGUGAGAUCAAAAAUGAAGUUGCGGAAGAGAACUUUAAUCUUGUUGAUGUCAAGAUUAAAGUGGAUUAUAAGUAAUUUCAUUGUUAACUGAAUCCGAUCCCCAGAGUGCUUUCAAGUUUUUCCAUGUGUGUUUCUUCUUUUGUUUUACGUUUUUUUUUUUUUUUAACUGUUUUUCUUGUUUUCUGU